UUUAGGUGUGACGCUGGCGCUCAUGUUGAUGAUGUUUGUCAUCUAUCACGUGUUCUGGCUCGAGCUGCUGCUGCUCUAUCGCUCGUGGUUCGGCUCUGAUGAGAGAUACACAGAUGAUAAGCAGUAUGACGUGUACAUCUCAUACGCUCGCAACAGUGAGGAGGAGGCGUUCGUUCUGUCCACGCUGCGUCGAGUCCUGGAGACUGAGUUUGGUUACUCUGUCUGCAUCUUCGACCGGGACAGUCUUCCUGGAGGAAGUGAGUAUCACAUGACUCCAAAUGUACUGUACUGUACUGUACAGCAGGGCUUCCCAAACU